GCCACCGCGGCUGCCCACUAGCAGCCCGCGCCGCCGGCGAGCCCACGACGCAGCGGCAAGUUGGCCUCUGCACUUCCACCCGCCCCAGCAGCGAAACAGCCGCGGGACCGUUUCUUCUUGCCUCCUCGUCCUGCUCGAAGAUGCAGCUGUGCGGGUGGACUCUGGGGGUGCUGCUCUUGCUGCUGCUGGCGAGCGGGCGCUGCAGGGGACGCGCGAAGCUCAGAGCGUCCCAGCGGAGACACCCCCGCUCGGCAGGCGCUGGAGGGGAAGGCAAGAAAUGUGGCUACACCUUCUUGGUCCCAGAGCAAAAAAUCACGGGGCCCAUCUGCGUGAACACCAACGGGCCGGGUACCGGCAACAGAAAAGAUGAAGUCACAAGAAUGGACAUAGAGAACCUGAAGGAUGUGCUGUCCAAGCAGAAGCGGGAGAUUGACAUAUUGCAGCUGGUGGUGGACGUGGAUGGAAACAUUGUCAACGAAGUAAAAUUGCUGAGGAAAGAAAGCCGCAACAUGAACUCCCGGGUCACGCAACUCUACAUGCAACUCUUGCACGAGAUAAUUCGGAAGCGCGAUAACUCCCUGGAGCUCUCCCAGCUGGAGAACAAAGUCCUCAACGUUACCACCGAAAUGCUGAAGAUAGCGACAAGAUACAAGGAGCUGGAGGUGAAGUACGCGGCGCUGACGGACGUGGUGAACAACCAGUCGGUGACCAUCUCGCAGCUGGAGGAGCAGUGCCUGCGGCUCUUCUCGCGGCACGACGGCCCCGGCGCGCCGCCGCUCGUGCGCGUGGUGCCGCAGCACAUCCCCAGCGGGCAGCCCUACCCGCCCGUGCUGCCGGGGGGCAACGAGAUACAGCGCGACCCCGGCUACCCCCGCGACAGGGACGCGCGCCCGCCGCCAGAGCCAGCCACCUCGCCCACCAAGAGCCCCGUCCGGCUCCCCCCGCUGGCUUUGAUUAACGAAGGUCCAUUCAAAGACUGUCAACAAGCCAAAGAAGCUGGGUACUCCAACAGCGGGAUUUAUAUGAUCAAACCUGAAAAUAGCAAUGAACCGAUGCAGUUAUGGUGCGAGAACAGCUUGGACCCUGGAGGAUGGGCAGUUAUUCAGAAGAGAACAGACGGAUCUGUCAACUUUUUCAGGAACUGGGACAGUUACAAGAAAGGAUUCGGAAACAUCGAUGGAGAGUACUGGCUGGGACUGGAAAACAUUUACAUGCUUACCAACCAGGACAACUACAGGCUACUGAUUGAGCUGGAAGACUGGAGCAACAAGAAGGUCUAUGCCGAGUACAGCAGCUUCCGCCUGGAGCCCGAGAGCGAGUUCUACCGGCUGCGCCUGGGCACGUACCAGGGAAACGCCGGCGACUCCAUGAUAUGGCACAACGGAAAGCAAUUCACAACACUGGACAGAGACAGGGAUAUGUAUACAGGGAACUGCGCCCACUUCCACAAGGGCGGCUGGUGGUACAACGCGUGCGCCCACUCCAACCUCAACGGCGUGUGGUACAGAGGCGGCCACUACAGGAGCAAGUACCAGGACGGCAUCUUUUGGGCCGAGUACCGGGGAGGCUCCUACUCCUUGAAAGCAGUUCAGAUGAUGAUCAGACCUAUAGACUGAGGAGCAGACUCCCACAGUGCUCCAACCAUCAAACACAAACGUCAAGAGCUUGAGUUUCAGGAAAAAAAAUAAAGUAUUACACUUAAAUCCUUGUUUUGCACAAUCUGCCUCUGCAAAACGCAGCUCUACAGCUAUUCUUGUUGUGUUUCCCCCUCCCCUGUUUUUUAAACCCUUUUUUUACUGUGAGAUGGCAUUUUUAGCGCCUACAGAUUAGAGUAACUCACGGCAGCAGGUGUUUGUGCUGGCAAUGCAUAUUUACCUUCGUUCUAAUCCAACACGCAUUACCUAAACAGUCAUUAAAGCCGGUAAAAAAAAAACACAGGUUAAAAAAACUCUAUGUUUUCUCACUUACAAAGACUAUACUUUUCCAGGUCAAUUCAAGCCUUAGAUAUCGUUAUUUGAAAUGACAUCUUCUUUCUUUAAUGUGAAAAUUCAUUAUUUAACAAUUUACUUUACA